GGGAAAAAGAUUCAGUCAGAAGAGGAAUUCUUUAUUGAGCAAGAUUUACUUUUUUCGUGCAAAAAUAUUUAUCACAAAAUGCAGACGUGCACCGUUUUCUGGGUUUUAUUUGCGAUUUUAGUUAUCUCGGAAACAUUUGGAGAAGAUGACAAUAUGGUUUUGGAUAAUCUUCCAUGCAAAAAAGUGGGCAAAUAUGAUCGAGUAAUUAUCAAGAAGUUGGACGGAUCGACCGAGUCAUGCGUUUGCGAGGAGGUAAAGGUUCCAACGACGACGACAACCAUGGCGACCACGCCACGUGGUCGUCGACCUGCUCACGUGGAGCGACCGCAUGGUGUCAGGUGGGCUUGUACGGCAACGCCACCCACGACGGUGACGCAGCGGAAUAAGAUGAGACGUGUGAUAUUCAGUAGGGCCAUGUCGAAUCAAAUUGGGACGAGUAAUUUUUGAAGGAAUUAUUUAGUUAUAUAAUAAUUAAUUAAUUUUAUAAAAGUUCAAAAAUUAAUGUGAAGUUUUACACGAUGUGAUGAAAUGUAUUACGAAUGUAAAUAAAUUUUAAGUUUUGUAUGUAAAAACA